UACAUCUAGGGUUUCUCUAUUUUACUGUAAUGUUUCUUUUUCAUCUUACUCCCAUCGGAGCUGCUUCAUAAGCUCCGGUUGUAGUAAACCCUAAAGGUCCAAUCUUUCUCUUCUUUAACAUCUAACCAUUGAAAUCUUCAGUUUUGCAGGCCUUUGUUUUCCGUUUCAGCAACAAAAUCUAAACAACAAAACCCUCUUGCUUUCUCCGCCAAAGUUCUUUCCAACCUAAACCCAGAUUUUAUCAAGUGUUGUUCACAAAGUAAAUGCAUGGAUUUGAGAGAAAGUAUGUCUGUAUCAGGAUCAGGUUCUUAUUACAUCCAUAAAGGAUUUCAUGAUUCGGGUUCUGGUUCUAGUAACUUAACUCAUACUGGGUUACAUGCCUCUCAUGGUUCUGGUUAUAUGCCCAUCACAAACCCUAACAUUUCAGGUCAAUCUAAUGCUAGGGAUAACUCUUUAGUGUCACCAUUUUCAGCAGAGAAUGCUUCACCUAAUAUAGGUUAUGGGCUUAACAUGGGUCCUCCUUCCUCCGGUGGUGGUGGUGGUGGUGGCUCAUCUGGAGAUCCUGUGAAGAAGAAAAGGGGAAGGCCUAGGAAGUAUGGUCCUGGUGGUACCCAUAUGUCUUUAGAGCUAUCUUCUCCUUUGUCUCCUCCAUCUGGACAGAUCACACCAAACCCUAAAAAGACUAGAGGCAGGCCCCGAGGAAGUGGUAGAAAGCAACAAUUAGCUAAAGUUGGUGAAUGGAUGAACAGUUCUGCUGGAAUGGCUUUCACCCCACAUAUAAUCCAUGUAGCUGUUGGAGAGGAUAUUGCUUUGAAAGUAUUAUCAUUUGCUCAAAAUAGGCAGAGGGCUUUAUGCAUAUUAUCAGGCACUGGUUCAGUAUCUUCAGUCUCAUUUCUACAGCACACACCAUCUUCUUCCACAACUGCCACUUACGAGGGGCGUUAUCAGAUAUUGUGCUUAUCUGGCUCAUACUUGGUUGAUGAAAAGGGGGGUGUGAGUGAUCGUAAUCGUACAGGUGGUUUAAGUGUUUCUCUUUGCAGCUCCGAUGGACAUGUCAUUGGUGGAGCGGUUAGUGGUAUGCUUAUUGCAUCUAGUCCGACUCAGGUGGUAGUGUCUAGUUUCAUUUAUGGUGGCAGCAAACCUACAACAAUGGAGACUAAAACGGUGGUUAGUGAGAAGAACAAGAAGAAGAAAACCAAAAAGAAGAGUUCGGGUAAGAAAUCAGUUGCUGCAUCAGCUGAUAAUUCUUCUGAGAACGAGACUUCUGAUUCGUCCACAGCUGGUGGUUGGGAUGAUUCGAGGUUGGAUCUGAGAAAUCCUCCGCAGAUGGAGAUUGACUUAACUAGUGGCUGAAAAAGGGGAAGAAAACCGCGAAAAAUGUUGUUUGUUGUACAUUAACUGUGCCUCCUCAUCUACUUUGUUUGUGAUCUUUUCUUUUGAUGGGCUGUUCUAACAAAAAAGCAAGAACCCAUUUGUAGUUGCUACUAUUAUUAUUAGUUUUCUGAUGAGACUAUUUCUAGGAGAUUAUUAUUAUUAUUAUUUGAAUUUCAGAACAAUUUGCUUUUA